AUGGCAUCUAAAACGCUUGUUAUCGCUUGGGCCUGCCUGGCGUUGCCAUUGGUAACAGGCCAUCUGAACGUGCUCAUCAGUCAAGCAGAAGUAAUGAAGUUGUUAGGGCUGGACGCGGAGCUGUACUACGUGAGAGACGGAGUGGUGAACACGUACGCGACAAGUUUCAUUGUGCCGGUACCAGCUCACAUCGCCGAUCUGGAGUUCAUGUGGCAAGCCCUAGGGAAAAGACCGCUGCCGUACGUGAUGAGUAUAGACUACGAGGCUCGCGGCGCCAUGCUGCCACCCCAAGUAAAUAUCUCGGAGAAGGGGUUCGUGCCUACCACGCUGCAGACUUUUAGAGUGCGGUUACCAUGCACGGGGGCCAAGAGUGCGGAGAUCCUGGUCACCAUGCAACUGAACAUAUCCGCCCCGGAUCGAGCUCACAAGGACGUAAGGCUGCUCUUCAAAAGGAAUAAGAUAUGUUUGAAAGGGUUCACAAAAAUACCAACACAUAACGAAACAGCUCGGUUGGCGGGCGACGCGUCCCGCGGCACAGGCGGCGUCCUGUUUGCCGCUGGCGGAUGCGCGGCGGCAGCGCUCGCCCUGCUGACGGCAGCGGCUGCCGCUGGCACCAUGUAUCGGCGCGGAAGUAAAGCACGACACCAUGACUCGAUACACACGUCGUACACGACAGCAGCAUACGGCAGCCACCAGAACGUCUUACUAAGGCUAGACACGCUCGGUCGACCUCCGAGUUCUACUGGAUCUUAUGCUACCAUAGCAAGCCUUCAUAAGUUCCCUUUCGGCAGCAGAAGAUCUCCCUCGCCAUACGCGACAACACACAUCGGGGAGCACGUGUACGCAAAACCCGAGUCGCGAGUCUCGUAUUACGCGGCCUCUAAUCUCACCCACGUCUCGCAGCAAACCAUCACAAAAGACCGCGUCACCGAUCCAGCAGAGCAACUGCGACUUCUCACCACUCCCAGGUCGAACAUCAGGCUAGAGAUCCUCGUGCACGAAGGAACCUUCGGCAGGAUAUACAAGGGGGUGUUCAAACGAGGGGACACAUACGAAGAAGUCAUGGUGAAGACCGUCAGUGAUGCUGCGUCUGCGAUGCAAGCGGCGCUCCUAGUGGCUGAAGGGCUCAGGCUUCAUGGCCUCGUGCAUGCUAACGUGUUGACUCCGAUGGCUGCAUGUGCGGAGGAAGCGAGGAAACCUCUGCUCGUGUAUUGCUGUCCGUCGCACUCCUCGAAUCUAAAGAGGUUCUUGACCUCAUGCCGGCUGGGCCAUCAAGCAGCCCCGGCUACGCGAGAGCUGGUGGACUUGGGAGCACAGGUCGCGUGUGGCUUGGCGUACCUUCACGUCCAAAGACUGGUACAUGCCGAUGUCGCCGCCAGGAACUGUGUGGUGGACGAGAAAUUAAGACUGAAGGUGACAGACAACGGUUUGGCGCGGGAUCUGUUUCCGGACGACUACCACUGCCUCGGCGACAAUGAGAACAGGCCGGUGAAGUGGAUGGCGCCGGAGACACUACUGCAGAAUCAGUAUACUACUUCUUCUGAUGUGUGGUCUCUAGGUAUAACGUUGUGGGAGUUAGCAACAUUAGGGUCGGCGCCAUUAGCCGAACUAGACGCGGCGGACGUCGGGGCGUUCUUGAAUGGCGGCUACAGACCGUCACAACCGCACAAUUGUCCAGACGAACUGUAUGGCCUAAUGUCCUGGUGCUGGACCAUGCCUCCAACGACACGUCCAACGUCUCCUCAACUGCUGGCAGCUCUUCACGACUUUAGGCAAGCUCUCAGUACUUACAUUUAGGUUAAUUACUCUCUUGUAAUAUAUUUGUAUAGCACUUUAUACGACAUUCACUUUACCAUUUACAAGAAAUUCACUAUUUUCAAAACCACUGAAAGAAUUUCUUUCCAAGUAAUUUCAAAUCUUUUCUAAUGUUUCUACUUUUCUUAAUACCUCUUUUAGUGAUUUAUUUUAAGUAGACCAAUGUGCCUGCGUAAUACCAAUGUUUUAGGUACGAAAUACAACCUUAAAUGUGUUAUUUUAAUACAAUUGUUCAGUGAUUAAUAAGUAUAUAAUUUUAUGGCCAUAUGUAUGCAUAAAUGAGUUUAAUAUAAAUAAUAUUUACGAAUAUAUUAUAACCAUUUUGCAUGUAAAUUGAAAUCAAAAUGAUAUAUUUUUAAAUUAAAUCAAAGUGAUAUAUUUGUAAUGUUAGUAAUAAUAAAUGAGUCGUUUCUAAGGAAUGACUGCAAGAAAUAUAUAGAUAAAUAUCGAUAAUGAAAAUUAUAAUAAACUUUUUCAUGUAAAUCGCUAAUUCUUUGUAAAAUAAAUAAAUAUGCCCAUAACGAGUUACCAAAUUUAUUCUUGAAUAGAUAAAGGAUAUGAUUAAUAUGUUUUAGUUUUCCAUAAGAUGUACAUACAAACAACGUCGAUGCAAGAGGAAUUUAAAACUGUAAUGUAGACGAAGCUGAUCGCUUUGGUAUAGAAUAUUUUAAUAUAUUUUAGAAAAAUAAACUAAAUACAUAAGAAAUUCAAUAUUUUUAAAAUAUUAAUUAAAUAUAACUGUUUGAAUAUGUCAAGUUCUUACACAUGUCGCUUUAUUGUUUUGUAUCAAACAACAAAACCCAAUAUUUCUAUAUAUAUAUUAAUGUGGUAGUAGUCCCUAAAAUAAUAUUAAAAUAUGCACCAUUUAUACGUCCGAUAUUGCACAUACAAACUGUACAGGAAUUAAUGCAGUAAGGGUCGUUUCACAUGAGCAAUUUUUGUCGUAUUAGAAACACGAAUCACAAUCGUGAUUACAAGUAGAUCGAAACUCUCUUUUGCCCAAAGUUAUCUUUAAGCUUUUACUUUAAACGGAAAAUUCAGACAUAUUAAAAUUAAAAAGGUUUUUUUUUCUUCAUUUUAGAAACUUGGUCGUAAUUUCACGUUCAUGUCGCUCCAUACAUCCGUUUUCACGUGUGUUCUUUUCACUAUGUCAAUUUUUUUUUUUAUAACCCAAGCCCCUUCCGACUUACAAAUCGAUAAAAACUAUUUAUGAUGCCCACAUUCAGAACCAAAAUUAUACGGUCCACUCCGCACACUCCGACAAAACGUGAUGUACGUCUUAAAAAUGCUUAACAAUCAAUUCCGAUAUAAUUUUUUUAUGAUAUAAAAUAACUUGAAAAUCUUAAUUGAGUAACAGCCCUUACAAUCCACUGAAUGCUUUAUGCACAGCGAAUAUAUUAAAUCGGUUGGGUAGUUUUUUCGAUCCAGUAAACUCACUCUUAUUGCCAACAAAGCGGUUUAUGAAUAUGUUUGUGUUAUGAAUAUUUUGAUUAUCUACUACAAUUUCAGAAUAAUUACUGCUUUUUAAUUAGUAUCAGGAGACUGAGUUAAUUUAAAUGAGUUAAUAAGUGUGAGUUAAAUUGUAAAGUAAGGAUAAGGAAAAAUAAAGGCUUUUUUAAUUUAUUUUUUAUUAAUUAGGGUGAGAUGGGGUAAUACCGGAUCGCGGGGUAAUCCCGUCGUCUCAAGAUUAUUGCUUAAUACGAAAUUUUCUAACAGGGACAACAGAGCCUGAAGUGCUAUUUUAUAGUACCACAAUAAUUAACACGUCUAUUAGUUACAGUUAACAGUAAUCUAUAAACAACGGAAUUACCCCGUAUCCGGUCUUACCCGAACCCACCCUAUAAACUCGGUUGUUAGAACCUCGUCGAUAAUAAAUAAUCGUCUUUAAGUACAUAAGAUAUAAGUGCCAUGUAUAUUUGUGUAUAAUACGGCAGGUAUGCACCAAAAUAGAUGUAAGUUUAGGUUAUAAUUCCUGAGGACAUGCAGUCCGUCCAGGCCGGCACAAGGAUCAACACCAAAACAGUAGUUAGUCGUGGUUUUGUCGACGAUUUGGCUUUGACGAAUUUGUAUGAAUUUUUUAGCACAUAUAUUACUUAUUUUAUGUCUUUUUUAUUCGGUCGGGUAAUAUCGGUUUUCUGUUCAAUAAGAACAUUAAUUUGGGUUUGGUGAUAUUUAAAGUUUUUUUUUAAA